AUGACCGGGAGAAAAGGUAAAACAAGUUCCAAAAAGAAAAAUGCUGGUUCAAAUUCCAAAAAAAAUGAAGUUGAUGUCGAUGAUCGUUUACAGGCAGUGGUAUUGACCGAUUCUUUCGAAUCAAGAUUCAUGCCUUUGACUGCCAAAAAACCUAGAUGUUUAUUACCCCUGGCCAACGUUCCUUUAAUUGAGUAUACUCUUGAAUUUUUAGCUACCGCUGGAGUCGAUGAAGUGUAUUUAAGUUGUUCAUCGCAUGCAAAUCAAAUCAAUAAUUACAUUGAAAAUUCAAAAUGGAAUUCACCUUGGUCUCCUUUUAGAAUCACAACAAUUAUGUCACCUGAGGCAAGGUCGGUAGGUGAUGUCAUGAGAGAUUUAGAUAAUAGAGGUAUUAUAACGGGCGAUUUUUUACUAGUAAGUGGUGAUAUCGUGACAAAUAUGGAUUUCAACAAAAUGUUAGCCGUCCACAAGAAGGUGCAUUCGUUAGACAAAGAUCACAUUGCCACAAUGUGUUUGAGUGAAGCCACUCAAUAUUGUACAACUAGAACUUUUGAUCCAGCAGCUUUUGUUCUCGAGAAGAACAAUAAUAGAUGCAUCUAUUAUCAAGAUUUACCCUCAAUUAACUCGAAAGAGAAAACGGCUGUUCAGAUAGAUCCCGAAUUAUUAGAAAACGUGGAUGAAUUUGUAUUAAGAAACGAUUUAAUUGAUUGUAGAAUUGAUAUCUGCACUCCACAUGUUCCACCAAUUUUUCAAGAAAAUUUUGAUUACCAAACUCUUAGAACAGAUUUCGUGAAAGGUGUCAUCUCAAGUGAUAUUUUGGGAAAGCAUAUUUAUGCGUAUAUUACGGAUGAAUAUGUCUCCAGAGUCGAAAGCUGGCAAUCUUACAAUACGAUUUCACAGGACUAUGUAGGAAGAUGGUGUUAUCCUCUAGUUCUAGACUCAAAUAUGCAAAGCGAUCAAACGUACUCUUAUGAGUCAAGACAUAUUUAUAAAGAAGAACAUGUUGUUUUGGCACAAUCUUGUAAAAUUGGAAGAAAUACAGUUAUUGGUUCUGGAUCUAAAAUAGGCGAAGGAACUACAAUAGAAAAUUCUAUUAUUGGAAGAAACUGUCAAAUUGGCGAGGGUAUCAAAAUCAAAGAUUGUUAUAUUUGGGAAAAUACCAUUAUUGGUGAUAAUAGUACCCUGGAACAUUCAAUCAUUGCUUCGGGUGCCAAGUUGGGAGAAAAAGUCAUUUUGAAUGAUGGUUGUAUUAUUGGAUUCAACGUUAUAAUCGAUGAUGAUAUGAUCAUUCCAAAAGGCACAAAGAUCUCUGAUACUCCCGUUAAAAAUCUACAAGCCUCGAUUUUUGAAAUAGAAAGUGACGAGGAACAAGAAGAUGCUGUGAAUGAGGUAAAUAAUGACAGUGAACUAGCUUUGUCAUUGGUAGGUUCCAAUGGUCAUGGCUACAUCUAUGACAGUGACAUUACUGAAGAUGAAGACGAUUCGUCCAAUGCUUACAAAAUUUCCAAUACUUUGACUCAUCAACUGGAAGAAUUUUAUCUGAGUGAUGCGUCGAUAUCUUCCACUAGAAAGAGAUCUAAGAAGAAAAGGAGUAUGUCCUCGAAUAGUGUGUAUACUGACAGAGAGGACGUUGGAUCCGACUUCGACGACGAAGAUGAGAAUGAAGAUUUUGAAGAAGAAGGUGUUGCAACUGUUGAAAGAGCAUUAGAAAACAAUCACGAUUUGGAUACAGCAUUAUUGGAACUAAACACUCUAAGAAUGAGUAUGAAUGUUACCUAUCAUGAGGUCAGAAUGGUUACAGUGAAGGCGUUAUUGAAAAGGGUUUACCAUUUCAUUGCUACACAAACAUUAGGUCCUAAAGAUGCUACAGUCAAAGUUUUUAGCCAAUGGGGGUUAUUUUUCAAAAGACAGGCAUUUGAUGAAGAUGAGUUUAUUGAUUUAAUGGAUAUCGUAAUGGACGAGAUCAUAGAACAAGGUAUUGCAAAACCAGACGUGGUCCUCUUCAGUGUGCUAAACACAUUAUAUGACCUGGAUGUCCUAGAAGAAGAUAUAAUCUACAAAUGGUGGGAUAACGGGUCCGAAAGUUCCAAAUACGAUGAAAUAAAGACCUUAACCGCCAAGUGGGUCGACUGGCUGAGAACUGCAGAUGAGGAAUCAUCCAGUGACGAAAAUGCAGAUGAAGAAUAA